GUAUUCUUUGCAGGAAGAAUGUGGCGAAGAAAUAUGGGAAACUAUACUCCGGGAGUCUGGGGCCAGGAAUACUGCCUUCAGUGCUAUGCAGCAAUAUCCAGAUGCAUUGAUGCUGCGUCUAGCGAGCGCUCUUGCUCGAUUGAUCACCAGGGACACAAACAGUCCCGCCCCAUCCAGACCAAGCAGUCCUGCUCCUAGGAAACAGUCAAUAAAAGCAAAGCCAAACUGGCGAAGCGCUUCAGUUCACACCGACAAUAGAACACAGAGUUUCAAAUGUCCAUUCACAGCAACUAACGCCUUAAAAAAUGUCACCAAAAAGGAAAUAGAGGCUUACAAAUCGUCAGAAGAAAUAAGAUCCCCCAUAGCGGCGUCCACAGGAAAAAUAAACGAAGUUAGAAUCAGUGAGGAAGCUGAAAUUGUCGCCAGGGAGUUCCAUAGGAGAAGUCUGGGUAUCAAAUUUGAAAAUCACAAAGUGAAGGAAACAGUUGAGGAACCAAUACCAGAAACAAACCAGGCAGAAGUCCCUGAUUCAAGUGAAAAUGUUGAACCAGAAGCAACAACUAUUGAAGCAGCCUCCAGCCAAAUCGAGAUGCCAAUGUCUGAACCAGCCUCUCCAGAAACAGAAACUGCAAAAAGGAACUCUAUUCUGAAGUCCUCAGCUCGUAAAACUAGUUGCACUUCUGCUUUAGAGGUGUACAAACGUCGAGGGUCCAUUAUUCCCCCUCGACCUCGUAUGAACAGCCUCAGCGUUGUGAGCGAAGACAAGCUGUACAAUAUGAGAGAAAAGUUCGGCACUCCAGAGAAGGUGAUGCACUUUUUCGGAAGAUGUUUCGUCAAGUUCUUCAGUAAUUAUGGUUACGACAAAAUGAUCCGUGCGACAGGACGUUACUUCUGCACGUUCCUGCAGUCAGUGGACAACAUACACCAGCGUAUGCGAUUCACAUUCCCGCGCAUGCGCUCUCCCAGCAUGCAACUCACUCGUGCGCACAGGCACGGUGCCGAGCUUGUAUACAGCAGUGGAAGGACUGGGUUUACACAUUAUCUUAUGGGACAACUAUACGAAAUAGCCGAAGACAUAUUUUCGUUGAAGCUGAAAGUUUCGGUGGUGAAGGAAAGCAUGGAGGGCAACUACUAUGUAGCGGUACUGAGACUGGAGUUCGAUAACAGUGAUUAUGUCCAGUCUCUAAUGCUGCGUAAGUCCCUGCCCUGCCCUCUGCCGGCGGUACCGGCCACCUUACUACUGCAGCUGUUUCCCUUUGGAGUGCUGCUCGACAGGAGAAUGAAGAUCCUGAAGGCUGGUGAAAGACUGGUAGCAGCCUGGGGUGGACCACUCAAUCGCCUAGAGAAGUCUGCAAUCUCCGAAAUUUUACGCCUGAGGAAACCUAAAGUACCUUUUACAUGGGACAAGGUUGUGUGCAUGCAGACCAUGAUCUUCGACUUAGAGUUGCUACGCUACCGCUCUCGAAACUGUGCUGAAGUGAGGAGGGGUUCACAGGGAGCGCGCUCCAUUCUGCUACGAGGACCUAUAUAUCUGCUAGAAGAAAUAGACGCCCUCAUAUUUCUAUGUAGUCCACUUUUCAACGACCUCGAUGAACUUCAUCAAGCUGGUAUUUUCCUAGCAGACAUGAACGGCCAUGGCCUUUCUAAAGAAAUGCUACUCCAGGGAUGGCAGCACGUCUCUCGACUUGAACUGCUGUUUGAAAAGGCAGAAAACAGGAGUUUGUCUUUAGAGAAGUCGUGUAGACUUCUGGAUCAGUGGAAGAAGAGGGGAGAUCAAUUGUUGUACUCCAUGAUACCGAAAGGUAUUGCUGAUCAUCUACGAGCUGGGAAGGAUCCUAUGGCCGCUUGUCAGGCAUUUGAAAACGUCACAAUAAUAUUCUGCGCCGUACAACUGGCGGAGGCAGGUACCAGAGCUGACGUGAUGCAAACUGUCGCCUACAUGAACGACGUAUACUCGAGGAUCGACAGGCUGCUGGAUACACAUCGCGUUUAUAAGGUGGAGACAGUGGGUACUGUUUACAUGCUGGUCUCUGGAGCUCCAGAACGGAGACGUGCGCAUGCGGCUGCCGCUGCCAGCGCUGCCCUUGCCAUCUCACGAGCUAUCCCUGCACUUACUAUUGGAAUCCACACGGGGCCAGUCGUUGCAGGCGUGUUGGGACUGCGCCUACCGCGGUACUGCUUAGUAGGAGACACGGUCAACACUGCUAGCAGGAUGCAAACUUCUUCAGAGCCUGGUCGCGUUCAAAUAUCAGCAAUCGCGGCAGACCAGCUACCGGCUGGAAGAUUCAGGCUCCGCCGGAGAGGUCCUAUCAAAGUGAAGGGCAAAGGUACAAUGGAAACAUUCUGGUUGGAAGGUGAAGUGGAGGAGGAGGAACAAAAUGAAGCACUGCAGCUGUUCUCAGCAUUGUGUGGCGAUAAUUGA